CAUCACUCCUCUGUCCUUUUCAUGGCUUCAGCGGUACAUCUCUGGGUGUAAGUAGAUGUAACUACACCCAACUGAGGCCUGCCUAUUCCCUGGGAAGUCCAGACCAAACCAUCUCUGAAAGCCAAAAAGCGCAUCAAUGGCUGCAAGAUGUCGCAGAAGGAGAAAGCGGCCAAAGCAGCCGCUGCAGACAAACCUAAGAAGCAGUUCCCAGUAGCUCUGGGCUACAAGAUGGAGCAGGCGUUAGUUUCUGAAUAUGCUCCUGUGGUCAUACAUCCAGGGGGCCAUAAGCCUGAGUCUCUCAGCUAUGCUUUCUACAACCCUAACUACUCUAAUUCGUACACUCCAUUUUACACGUUACAAAAGCCCACCUGUGGUUAUCUUUAUUGCCGAGACACAGAUCACAAAAGGAAGGUGAUGGAUGUUGAGAGAGUGAAUAUUCCAAAGUGGAGGAACAUUGUAGGGAAAAAGCCAGGUUUGUCUGCAGAAGGCUCAAAACAUUGAAUCUGCCACGCAGCUAGCCUAAAACUCUCAUCUAUAAGUGCAUCCCAAAGUGGAGUUCUUCAAGACUAUCGAGAAGGAUGUGUUGCAGACAUAUUAGAAGGAGCAGAUCUUCCUCUCAGCAAGAGCUUCCGGAUUGAAUUGCAACAGAACAAUUCAAGUGCAACAGCUCAGGGUACAAUAGCCAGGCUUUGGCUGGGAUGUUAAAU